GUAUGUGACUUAUGAAUAUGUUUCCCAAAUUUCUAAAACCAUAGAAUUCAAUCGAAUCAAACCAAGCCAGUUUUUAUGAUUCAAUUCUGAUUCAGUUAUAUACGUUCAAAGAUUGGGUUCCUAAUUUCUUCUAAAACCGGACCAAUGCAAUCAUGAUCAAACCUAGGCAAACAGAAUGAAAAACAUAGGCAGGCGAUAACAGAAUGAAAAACCUCGCGUGUGGAGAAAGGAAAGGUUUUGAUGCCUUUUAUUUCUAGUAGGAAUCAAUUUCUUAGUCAGAGAGAUCGUAGCACAGAAACACUUCUCAACCCAACUUUGUCUACUCUGUUCUGCUCUUCAAGUAAUGAGUUUCCUAGUAGUUACGUACUAUAUAUAUACUAUACUAUACUAUAACCUGAUUAUCUUCAGCCGCCCUUACUACCAUUUAUCAAUUUCCUCAUCCCAUCGAUUUCCCUCUUCUCUUUAAUCUUUUCGUUAUCUGCUUCUGCAUAUAUCUCCACCGCUCUUAAUCUGUUCGGUUUUUUGAAAUAAUCAAAAGGGUUUUUUGUUUUCUUACUAUAAUCUGUUGCCAUGAUGAGUUCUUCUGGUUCUGGUUUGUUAUUGAAUGAAUCCAAUGAUUUUGAGGACGACGAAGUUGCAGAAAAAUCCUUUUGUGGUCGUUAUGUGAGGUACAAUGAAGUAUUGGACAGAGGACCACGAAAUACUGUCUAUAUAGGCUUUGAUUUAGUUGAUGGAAUGGAGGUCACUUGGAACAAAGUCACCGUUGAUGAUUCGUUUCAAUCCGAGGAACACAUGCACAGAUUGAAUACGUUGCUGAAGCCAUUGAAGCACAAUAACAUCAUCAAGUCAUGCAGCUAUUGGGUGGAUCAUCAAACCAAAACCAUCAACAUGAUUUCUGAGUCAUUCACUUCUGGGAGUUUGAGGCAGUUCCGCCAGAAACACAGGAAUGUCGACAUCAUCGCCAUAAAAAACUGGGCUCGACAGAUUCUUCAAGGUUUGUGCUAUCUCCAUACUCGUGAUCCACCUAUUGUUCAUGGAGAUUUGACCUGUCAAAAUAUUUUUGUCAAUGGAAACACUGGACAAGUUAAAAUUGGGUAUAUAGGGUUACCGACUAUUAUGUUGCAACCCCCAGAGCUCCAUGAGAAACAAAUAGAAUAUAGCCCUGUUGUUGAUGUACAUUCAUUUGGAUUGUGUAUGCUCGAAUUGGUUACUUCUGAAUAUCCAUACAGUUGUAGUGAUGGCAAAACUCAAGCACUGCUUGCCAAAGUGAAGGACACACAGGUUAAGCAGUUCAUAGAAAAAUGCCUUCUUUCAGUAUCCACAAUGGACCUCUUGAAAGACCCAUUCUUUGAAAUACCUGCUUUUACAACGUGCAUCAAUGACACUCCUGAUCUGGUUUCUGUUCUGGAAUUUAAGAUAUCCAACAAGAAAAGUGAAUUCAGAUUGAGAGGGGAAAGAGCCGAUGGAAACUCCAUUUCAUUAAUGUUGCGCAUUGCUGACAAGUGUAGUGGUCGGGUGACGAAAAUUGAGUUUGUGUUUAAUCUUGAUGUGGAUACGACUCUCUCAAUAGCUUGGGAGAUGGUGGAACAGCUUGAACUGCCGAAAGAAGAUGUGAGUUUGAUCGCGGAGUUAAUGGAUAACGUGAUCAUGAAAAUGGUGCCUUGCUGGAUGCCUUCCUCUGUUAGGUUUAGUGGUGUGAAAUUUUCAUAUGGGGAUCCAAUCCUUGUUUCUUGAUUCAAUCUAUUCAAUCAAAGAUGAUAUGAAGUGUGCAGACUAAUGCCCAGACUAACGAAGGCUGCGAGAUGAAAAUGGUCACAUUAUUGAGCACACUGAGGUAAGAUUUCCAAGUGUUGGAACUGAAACUGACAUUGAGAUUUUCUGGGGUGUAAUAUGCAGUAAUUUAGUGGCCAAUAACUUCACAGUGGAAAGUUCAAACAACAGUGUUCUGCCUUCAGGAUUGAGGUGUCUUCAAAGGAAUUUUCCCUGCAACCGCAAUUCUUCUGUCUUGCCUUGAUCUUCUGGAUAAAGAAAUAGAACUAAAAUCAGAGAAAGUGGGUCGUGGAGUCAGCGCUGGUGGGGGGCAGAGUUCAUUAGGAUACUUGUUUGGGGGCGGAGAGACUACCAACAAUCCUCGUCCUGUGCAGAGCCAGGGGCAGGGAUCAAAUAAUGGGCCUCCCUAGAAGCCUGCUGCUGCUUCACAGCCGGCGGAUAACACUACUAGCAUUUGAGUGAGUGAUGUGAGAUUGUGGGUUGAGUGAGGUGAGCUUCCAGUUCAUAACUAAUUGUUUAUUGUAGUUUAGUUUAUUGCAGGUUGGCUGGUUGUACUGUAGGGAACACAAUUGAGUGAUGUGAGAUCCUAAAUAGGAUUGAGUGUCAUAAGCUUGGAGGGUUGAGUGAUGUAGCCGUACAGUUUUUUUGCCUAACUGUUUGUCUAUGUAGGUUGGCUGCUCUUUGUUAUUAGGGAUGGUGGGUUGAGUGAUGUAAGAUUUAGGUUUGUGAGAGUGUUAAGUAUUGAGAGAUACACAUUGUUUUAAGUAUCUUGCAUGCCCUGUAAGCUAGUUUUGCAUGCAUGCUUCUUCUGAACUAUUUUAUCUUAGUUUGCGUUGAUCCU